AUGCAGGGCUUCAGGCUCCUGUUUUACGGCGACAGCAUCACUGAGUAUUGGAUGGGCACUAACCGGUGUGUGCCAGCGGUGUUCCAGAAGCACUUUGGCCGCUACCGCCCCGGGGUGAUGGCGGUGUCUGCCGACCAGACGCGGCACUUGUUGUGGCGCCUGCAGCACGGCGAGGCGCCAGUUAAGCACCCGCCGCAAACGGUGGUGCUGCUGAUCGGCACAAACGACUUGGGGCUCGCCGCCAACGCGGGCGCCCCCGGAGGCCGUGCCAGGGUGGCGGUGCUGGAGGUGUUGUACUUCAUGCGGUCUCGCUGGCCGAAUGCGCACAUCAUCCUGCUGGCGCUGCUGCCCCGCGGCUGUGAGAAGUUCUUUGGUUGCGAGCCGGCGGAAAGCGGGCCGGGCUCGCAAGGCAGGGAUUUUUCCUAUCCCUCCAUAUUCACUCCCAGUAUCACCAAAGUCAACGUGCUGCUGGAGUAA